AAACAUGGCGUCGCUCAAGUCGCUUACGGACGAGGAACUGAGGAAGAAACUGAAGGAACAUGGCAUCACAACGCCUGUCACGGCGAGCACGAGGAACAUCCUGAUCAAGAAGCUCAAUCACGCGCUGGCGAGCCACAAGAGGAGCUCGACAGCCAACGCGAAGGCGGCCAGGACCCCGAACAGUAGCAGACUCAACACCUUCAGUUCCGACGAGGACGACGAGAACGACUCGUCGGGGGAGCGCCACGGCAGGUCGUCCAGGUCGUCCCGCUCGUCCAGGUCGCGGCGGAGCUCCAGGAGCACGGCGGAGACGGCACUCAACCACAGGGCCUCGGUGGGGGCGCCCCGCGGGCGGCCCAAGGAAGGCGCCCACUACCCCGAGGAGGAGGACGAGGCCGAGGCGCUCCUGCCGCGGUCCCUGGGCGCCCCUGGCGGCGACCCCAGGGGCGACCCCAGGCGCUCCCCGAGGACGUCCGUGGGCAGGUACUUCCCGGUGUCGGCGCGGUCGGGCAUCAGCCCGAGGGCCAAGAUUCACGAUGACUACGACACGGGAUCGGACUCGGAGGGCGCCGACGGGGCCGAGGCGCUGUCGCCGCGGCCGCCGUCGUCCCCGGCGUGGCGCGGCGGCCGCGACGAGGACCUACCCGACGACGCCUUCAAGGCCGCCUGCCAGAAUCACAGUGCGUCACCCACCCGGCCCUACGUCCCCCCCGAGGGCGCCAGACAGAGGCGGGCCGGGCAGGGCUUCCUGGAGAACGGGGGGGGCUUCGACAGCAGUGGGAAGUGUCGGGAUGGGAAUGGCACCGGGGGCCUUGGGGUUCGUGCCGAGGGGCCGGUAACACAGGUGACUUCGCCCGGCAACCACCACGAACAUACGCGAGUGGCCAACGGCAGACACCACAGUGAGCCGAGUGCGGAUCUGGACCCCACGCACUGUGAUGAAAGUACGUGGCAUUACUCCAUCCCAUUCUUAUUGUUGGUUCUUUUAGUCGUUUUCUUUGGCGUGGUGGGCAUGCUGUACGUCAACAUGCGCAUGCCCCUCCUGCCCACGCUGUGCUCUGUGCCUGCCAGGCUUCACCAAGCCAUGGCCAAUGUUCCUGUGCCUUUCUUCACCUUCAGUGCGCCUGAGAGACAAGCCCAGAGUUUACCGUCUGUGUCACUGCCAGCCGAAGCGUCAACAUCUGCCAGAACGACGCCUCCGCCAUUACCACGUGUCGCGGCACCAAGUACAGAUAAUAAAUUUCCAGUGUGCAGUUCUUCGUUAAAGAACGACUGCCUGACCAUGCAGGAGGUGUCGUCAGUGUGGCCUCUGCUGGGCCAGAUGGAGGAGGUGCUGCUGCCUGCCCUGCACCGCCACGCACGCCUCUACAACUGCGGCAACUCCGCCUUCCGCUACCUGCCCUUGGCCGACAUCCAGGAGCUGUUGCAGAAGAGGGACACGGGAGAAAAGGAGCUCUUGGAGGGCAUUGAGGCAUUGGGCAAGUUAGCCGAGCUGAAUCGCAACCUGGGGCUGGAAUCAGUGCGCAGCCCAGACAAGACUUUGCUCGGCCUCUCCCUGGCCACGCAGCCCACCUUCAUCCUUUGCCACAUCACUGCCGCCAUCUACUCAGUCUUCUAUUUAUUGAUAGCACUCAUCGUAGCUUGUCUGACAGCCUGGUUUGCGUUCUACUGCGUCCGAUACCACAGACAGAAGGCAGAGGAGGAGAAACAACAUAUUUUUGAGCUGGUGGAGCAGAUCCUGGAGGUCCUGGGGGGCAUCGGAGGGGGGAGCUCCGGGGGGAAGGACUUCGUGGCAGUGAACCACGUGCGCGACUCCCUCAUUGGGCCCCGCGACCGCCGCUCCAAGAGGGACCUGUGGGACAAGGCCGUGGACUUCAUCGACCGCUUCGAGUCCAGGGUACGGCGUGAGAUCCAGUCGGUUGGUGGGGAGGACUGCGAGGUGUGGCGCUGGGCAUCGGGCAUCCCGCACUCCCCUGCCGGAUCCCCAGGGGCAGACGGGGGCAGUGGGCGUCCCCCAGCCAAGGUGUGGCAAGGACAGGCCUUCGAGAUCCCGCACAACCUGAGCCAAGUCACCUACACCUCCUGCCUCAAGAUCAGAAAUAUGUUCGACUGUGAUGUAGAGUUUGGCGACAACUGGUACUUACGGAUCCAGGACAGCAUUCUGGAGAAGUGCGAGGGGAUUCACAUCGUGCACAUAGCAGUAGACCGGCUGUCGCGGGAAGGUUGUGUCUACCUCAAGUGCUCAUCGCUCACCGAGGCCGGGCGGGCAUUCCGAGCGCUGCAUGGGUGGUGGUACGACGGCAACUUGGUCACCGUAAAGUUCCUUCGAGACGAGCGCUACCACCAGCGGUUCCCAAACGCACGCCACGCCUCCUGCCGGCUGAGACCGUCCAACAACAAGCGUCUGUCGCUGCAAGUGCCACCGCUGCAGCCUGAGCCCUCGGACCACGCGUAGUAGAGAGAGAAAGAGAGGAGAGGGAGAGAACGGCAUCCUGCAGACAAAGGAGGAAGGAAGUAAGGAAAGGUGGAUGAAGAAAGGGUGAAGAGGAUGAAUGGAAUGGAAAUUUGUAAGGAAGGAAAAAGGAAGUGAAUUUCGGAAGAGAAGAGAGGAAAUUGAUUCGGAGGAAGAGAGAUGGUGAUCAUGAAAUGGAAAAAGAGGAGGAUUCUUUGGAAGUUUGGAGAUGGAAGAAAGAUCCCAGUGAACCGAGAAAUUAGAGCCGAAGAGGAAAGAGAGAGAGAAAAGAAAAGUGAAAGAUUAAGGAAUUGUUAUUCAGAUUGUGAAAGUGUAUGCAGGGAAGGAAAGUGACUUUAAGAGGAAACUUAGGGCAAAAUAGUAUAUUUUGAGACAAUAUGUUUAAUUGUUACUGUGAAAAACUGGGCAUAAAAAUGGGGGAAAAAAAAAGGAAAUAUUAAUUUUUUUAAGGUGAGAUAUAGAGUGAGUGUGUUCGUUUUCCUUGUCUGUUUUUACGUUUUUUUAUGUACAUACAUUUGUAUACAUUUGCUGCUUCACAAACACACAUACACACAGUGCUUACCUGUGUAUUUUUAUUAUUUUUUACUUUUUAAGCAAUUACUUAUUUACUCAAGCGCUUGUUGACAUAGAUGAUUGAGGUCUCAAGAGAAGCGGAAAUACAAAGAAAAAUAAACAUGAAUUUGGACCCUU